GGACAUGCGCGAAACAGAAAGUAAACACCGGAAGUGCAUUGUGAUCACAGGCACGGUGUCGUUAACGUUGGUGGGGAUUUCAGUGUAUUUCUGGUUCUUCACAAACAAUGCAACUGACAAUAACCACAUUAUCUGACGACAUUUUCACUCUCGAUGUCAGUGAGGAUUUGGAACUCGAAAACUUCAAAGCUUUGUGUGAAUUCGAGACCGGCAUAUCAUCGAACGAAAUUGCUGUUCUUUGGAAUGGACGUCCGCUUCAAGAUGAAAAACAAACGUUAAAACAAUACGGAAUUAAGAAUGGAGAUGUCCUGUUGUUACAGCAGAUGCGCAGCGGACAGAGAGCUGGCGGUCAGGCCGCGUCUGGUCAGUCGUCGGCAGGGGCUGGAGCUCUGCCACAGAUUGACUUUGGCAGUAUUCACAUCCCUGGUGCCGGACCGGCUGCAGCACCAAGACCCGCCCAGCAACAACAACAGCAACAGCCAACAGCUGCCAUGAUGGAGGACCCCGACUUUAUCCGCCAGAUGCUGCUUUCAAAUCCUCACCAGGUGGCGCUGCUCAAAGAGCGGAAUCCUCCACUUGCUGAUGCUCUUGCAAGUGGAAAACCAGAGAAAUUUCGUGAAGUAUUUGUAAAGCAACAACAGGAACGCCAAGAGAAGGAGAAGGAACGCAUACGCCUUGCCACUGCCGACCCCUUUGAUGCAGAUGCACAGAGACAGAUUGCAGAAGAAAUAAGAUUAAAGAAUGUUGAAUCCAACAUGGAAACUGCCAUGGAGUUUGCCCCUGAGAGCUUCGGACAGGUGGUCAUGUUAUAUGUGGACUGCACGGUGAACGGACACGCUGUCAAGGCAUUUGUAGACUCAGGUGCCCAGAUGACCAUCAUGAGCCAGGCCUGUGCGGAAAGGUGUAACAUCAUGAGACUGGUGGACAAGAGGUGGGCAGGCAUCGCCAAGGGCGUUGGGACACAGAGAAUCAUUGGACGAGUUCAUUUAUGUCAGAUACAGAUCGGACCAGACUACCAUCAGUCAUCGUUUUCCAUAUUGGAGGACCAGCCUAUGGAUAUGCUGCUGGGCCUUGACAUGCUCAAACGCCAUCAAUGCUGUAUAGACUUAAAGAAGAACAGAUUGAUCAUUGGCACUACAGGCACCGAAACACAGUUCCUGGCUGAGGGGGACCUACCCGAACACGCCCGUCUCAACCUCACUAAUCAGCCCAGCGGAGAGAAGGAAGAUGAACAGUUAGCUCAGGCACUGGCCAAGUCAGCCGCUGAAGCAGCAUCAGGCAGCAGACCCACACCAUCAACUAGUGGCAUGAAGGACAGCAAGGCUGGUAGCUCCAGUGCUGCGCCCGCUCAGUCACAGCCAUCAUUCCCAGAGGAGGUUGUCCAACGCCUAAUGUCACGGGGCUUCUCUCGUCAUGCUGUGUUAGAAGAACUUCGACUGGCUGGGGGGCAUGAGGAGACAGCACUAGCUGCUCUUAUUGCAAAGUCAUUUUCAUUGCCUUAAAAGUCUGUUGCCAUUAAGAUCUGAAGAAAUAUUUGUAUAAAACCAAACGCACUCUCUCACAUGUAUAAGUCUGCAGUUUGUGAUAUGAUUUGAAAGAUGGGUUUUGACAAAAUGCUUUUUUAUUUUCUUGCAAGAAAGUUUUGGAGUUUAUACUUCUUUUUCAUCCGGAUACACAGAGACUAGUGUGUAUUUAUAUCCUGUUGUCAUGGUUAUGGAACUGUCUACAGUAGAAUGAAGGAGUUUGGUCACCAUGCCAGCCUGAUGUGAAUUUGGGUAGCAGCAUAAUUUCAUUUCACUGAAAUAUUAACGGCUGCCAAAAGUUGUAUCAGUUUCAUGGAUGAAUUUUAUCAUUAUUGAUGUAAGAACGGAUCAUCCCAUGUCUCCAUCAGUGCAUUAAUUCAUUCUGUUACCAUGGUUACUUAUGUUGGUAUUUCAAAUCUUUCCUUAUGUUUGGCAUGGUAGCUCAGUCAUCUAGUGCCAGAUGUUUUGGCCAGAGUUACGACCUUUAGUCGUAUCAGGAUCUGCUGAGAGGGGUUUUGAAUUAUAAGUUUGUCCUGAGGGUUUCAGUAAUGUGGUUAUCGUCUAAGACCUUCAUGGCUUAUGUCUUUCCUCCCUCAUUAGGCUACCAGAUCAGACAAUCCUGUGAUUGACAUCAUCGAUCCACACAAUUGGGAUACCAUGACAUGCAUCAACCAAGUCAGCGAGCCUGACCACAUAAUCCUGUUAGUCGCCUUUUACGACCAGCAUAGUUGCCAUUUACAGCAAGCAUGGGUUGCUGAAGACCUAUUCUACCCCUGGGUCUCCAAGCGUCAUUGGGUCUGUGGGGUAGCCUUGUGGUUAAAUGUUCGCUUAUCACACCAAAGGCCAGGUUAGAUUCCCCACAAGCCGGAAGCCCAGCUCGGAUGUCUCCAGCCAUAUUAUUAAAAGCAGCAUAAACAAGAUAAAGCAUCUCUCGCCCAAGCUCGAGAUGCGUGAAACCCAAGUCGACCACUUUCAUAUCAUCUAUCAGGUGUAGGAGUGAUCUCCAAAAAUCUCCAAGCACAAAUACAUGAGCUAUGUUGAGAUUUUAAGCACAUGCCCUACAUCCUGUGUAGAGGAGUUCCACUGACAUCUGUCAGCAAACAGGCUUAUAAGAACCAGCUGUUGCUAGUUUCUCUUUUUAAGGUUUAAUUGUACUGUAGUGCUGUGAGUAAUUUUUUUGUGUCAGUUUAAUGAGCCAGAUAUGAAAAUGACCUGUUUUAUGCCCCAAAGUGCCUGAGGAGGAGGAUUUGUUCAGAGCUCCAGAUAAGCUUUUGGUGUUUUUGGUAUUUUACCCAUGCAUUUUUAAAAUCAUUGGGUAUCAGUAAUUCUAUCUGGGUAUUCAAAUUUCAGUUACCCACUAGUUUUUACACUAU